CAACUUAUGUAAUCGAUCGUAGAGUUCACACACAAACAACAAACUGCCACAGCAACCAAAAGUAGAAGCAACAACAACAAAAAUAGAUCUGUAAUUCACACAAGCGGAUUUGAAGUAAAAACCAAACGAAGCGAAAGAAAACAUUUACAAAAACUCACAAUUGACAUUUACAAAAUACGGGGGAAAAGAAAAACAACAACUAAAAACAAAUUCAAUUGAAUCUGUUAUUCAUUUUCCAAAAGUAUUGGGCAAAACAAAUCUUCAAAUACUAAUUCUUCCUGGAUUUGACAAUUUAGCUUUUUGCACACUAAAACUUAUUUUAAGCAACAUUUAAUCAUUGAAUGUCAGCCCCACAACACUCAUGGAUGCAGAUUCUUUAAAAGGUUCGACGUUUAAUGGAAGAGAUGAAUUUAAUGGGAAUUUAAAGGCAACACAUAUACAAAAUAAUUACAAAGAAAUUUAUUAUAUGGAAGGCAAACAACACGAAUCACAGCAGCGUUUUAAUUUCGAUGACCCACAACAGAAAAAUUUAAAUGGUCGUCCAGUGGGUUUACGCCGGCAACCAACUAAAUAUCCCCAUGGUUUAGGCAUCUGUGUGCAGACAGUCAAUGAUGAAGAGCAAUACAAUCAUCAGCAACAGCAGCAACAACAUAAACAACUGCAACAAGUAACUAAUUAUUCACGAGCUUCAACGCUGCGCAGCAGUUGGGAUGGUACCAAACAACAACAUCAACAACAUCCACAAGAAAUGAAAUGCCAAUCACACGACAAUCAACAGCAGCAGCCACACCACCACCAUUCUCAACAGUCUCAACGUAAAUAUCACAUUGGCAUGUUAAGCAGUCCCGAAAAUUUAGCUGAGCUACAGGUGCGGCGCUAUAAAUACCCCCUCACAGGCAACUAUUAUCUUGAUCCACAAGAAGCUUCCAAAAAAUCACCAUUAUUAACGCUUGAUUAUGCAAAACGUUUCUGCAAAUGGAAAUACCUACGUUGGCCUCUGAUAUUUACGGCCAGCGUUUUAGUAUUCUUUGGCCUGAUUACCUACAGCAUAUGGCUGCAUGAUGUCAGCAUCGCUAGGGAGCGGUAUCUGCAACAACGCAAACACAGCGAUGAAGGUGAUGCCAUUGAAGAUUCAAAUGAAAUUGUCACCGCUACCACAUUGGAGAUGACAACGUUGUCGACGUUUUCAGCGUUGGCAACAUUUGCAGCCUCAGCCUCCGCAUCCUCCUUGGCAACGGAGCGCAGUCAUGGUCUUCAGGAAUCUACCAUACUGAGGGCGAUCAGUACCAGGUCUCGCAUUAGACCGAAAGAACAAAAGUUAACAACGGUGGAGUAUGCUCUGUCCAAGGGAGUGUUGGGUUGGGAUAAACAACGUAAAGAUGCUGUGACAGCUGCUAAAGAGGUGCCAGUGGUGGAUAUGACUACAAUGGUAUCAGAAGAAGCUGCUUUGGUGCCGGCCAAUGUGGUGAGAUUUACGUCGGGUCAUCAGAAUAGUUUUGGCAUACCCAUCGAAGAUGAUGAACGCAUUUUAAGGCUGAUCAAUGGGCUUUUUCCCUCCAAUGAGCCCUCGACCACAUCUUCUGUGGAAACGUUAGUGAAAGUUUCACCCACCAUACCACCAGUGACGCAAAACAAACCCACCGCUCCCAUGAAUAACAAUAAAGCAUCUAUACAAGACAAUAAAUGUUAUUCCACAUCGUUGAGCAUGUGUCAAGGAGUCUUGGAUUAUGAUCUAACCUAUAAUGUAUCCAUACAAUUGACGCCCGAAGAAAUCAAAGACUAUCAAACGCUAAUGAAUUCCAACUGCUCAGCCAGAUCAGUGGAAUUUAUGUGUGCGGUUUUAGAGCCAGAAUGUAGACCAUCGCAUAUAGGAAUACUGCCGCCCUGCAGGAGAAUAUGUAAAGCCAUCUUGGAAGCCUGUUCCGAAAUUAUAGCCAAUUCUGAUACUUUAACAGCCACCUUCGAUUGCAAUCUCUAUCCCGAUUCCAAUGAUCCCCAUCGUUGUGAAGAUCCUACUAGAAGGAAGGGCUAUUGUUAUGAAAAUGAAUUUGAGUGCUAUGAUCGCUCCUGCAUACCGCAACAAUGGCAAUGUGAUAAUAUAAAAGAUUGCGCUGUGGGAGAAGAUGAGGAUAAUUGUUUGAUAUGUGAACAACCAGAUGAGUUCCGUUGUCGUUCAAAUGAGAAAUGUGUGGCAGAAACGGCUCGAUGUGAUAUGAAAUAUGACUGUUUUGAUGGUUCAGAUGAAGAUGAUUGCCAGGAAUUUGGCGAGGGUAGUCUAGAAGGGGGCCUGGGAGGUUUUGAUGAGGCAGAUAUUAAUGCUUUUCCUAGAGUAUUUUCCUAUGCCAGUAUUCUGUCGCCCAAUCAAACUAAUGACAAAUUAUAUACUUAUAUAAGUGCUGCCACAGAUGGGGAUUCAGCCACAAAGUUUACUUUACAUGAAGUGAGUAAUAGAACAAGUGGAGUGUCUCAGGAGGAGGUGACCAAUUCUGUGCCCGGAGAAGGACCCAAAGGAUUUGUAAAUUUCCGCGACAGCAAGGAAAUCAUGAUGACCAGCGAUUCGGAGAAUAAAUUCAAAUUCUCUUCGGCACGUGAAAAUCGCACCACGAACAGGUUCUCUUCGAGCACCACACCCUUACAGCCAGCUGCCUCCAACAUAAUUUCCAUUACUACAGAACCGCCUAAAGUUGCACCACAACCACAAACGUCACCAAAAGUACCACUAGCCGCUUGUGCUGCCCAUCAAUUGCGUUGCGUGAGUGGUAAAUGCAUAACUGUUGAUCAACUUUGUGAUAAGAUAGUCGACUGUCCCGAUGGUUUCGAUGAACUGUCCUGCACCUACAAAGAUCGUACGACAACUCAGCGCAUUCGAGGCACCACCAUUCUGCCCAAUAACUACAAUUUAGCCAGCAGAGAUGCUGCUAUGACGGCUAAUAGCACCAGAACGGAUAAGCGUACUAUACGUACAACAACAAUCAAGCGAAAAGUAAAACCCUGAAAGAAAUAUAUACAGAGACGAUGAUCUAUUGAAAUUUUGGGUAAACGGUUUAAUGGCUGAUUAUUGAUUUUUAUAAUUGUUUAAGUUUUGAGAUUGUUUUCGUAUUGAAUAUUGUUGAUAUAUUUUUAUACUCAUUUUAUGUAAAAAAAAUCUAUAUAUUAUUUUUAUUUUCUUCUUGUACAUACACUAUACACAUGGCGUAAAUUAUUUAAUCAUUGAAAAAAAAAAACACACGAAAAAUCAUAGUAAAUUAUAAGUUUAUACAUCUAUGUGAAUAAAUAAAGGAAAUUUUAUAUUAUUAAGUUAUAAAACUUAAAUGAAA